GUUCAAGCUGAGUAUGUUUGGAUUGAUGGAGAAGGUGGUCUUCGGUGUAAAACCACCACUAUGGACCUUCCUGCUUCGGGCCAAGUGACUGUUGCCGACUGCAAAGAAUGGAACUUUGAUGGAUCAUCCACCAACCAGGCUUCUGGUACCGAUUCCGAUGUAUUCUUGAGACCCGCCGCCGUUUUCAAAGAUCCGUUCCGUGGCGGAAAAAAUGUGCUCGUAUUAGCAGAGUGCUACAAUGCUGAUGGAUCCCCAAACAAAACCAACUUCCGAUAUGCUUGCAAGAAGGCCAUGGACGCCGCCGCAGUUCACAAGCCUUGGUUUGGAAUCGAACAGGAGUACACAUUGUUUGAUGCAGAUGGAAUUUCACCCUAUGGUUGGCCAAAGGGAGGGUUCCCGGGACCCCAGGGACCUUAUUACUGUGGUGUCGGCACUGGACGCGUUUUCGCCCGAGACAUUGUCGAGGCCCAUUACCGCUGCUGCCUUUAUGCUGGCGUGACAAUCUCUGGUGUGAAUGCCGAGGUCAUGCCUUCCCAAUGGGAAUACCAGGUCGGUCCCUGCGAGGGAAUUGACAUGGGCGAUCACUUAACCAUGUCCCGAUUCCUCCUUCAUCGUGUCACCGAAGAGUGGGGAAUCAAAGUCUCAUUCCACCCCAAACCCUUGAAGGGAGACUGGAAUGGAGCUGGUGCCCACACCAACUACUCUACUGAAGCUACUCGUCAACCAGGUGGUAUCAAGGCCAUCCAUGAAUACAUUGAGAAGCUUGGUAAGAGGCACAAUGAGCACAUUGCUGUCUAUGGUGAAGACAAUGACAUGAGACUCACUGGUCGUCAUGAGACCGGUCAUAUCGGAAACUUCAGCUCCGGUGUUGCCCACCGUGGUGCUUCGAUCCGAAUUCCAAGGCACGUAGAGGCUACCGGCCAAGGCUACCUCGAAGACCGACGCCCCGCUUCUAACAUUGACCCUUACCGAGUCACCGGUAUCAUUGUCGAGACCACCUUACUUCAAUAA